AGGACCUCCCAAUUCAUUCCGACAUUUCAACGAAUCAUGCAGUUGGUGGAAGUGUACGCGCCACCGCACAGCCAACCCCGCCAAAUCUGACUCGGAACCAUGCGUAAAAACUGGCGCUGAUCUUUAUCCCAAACCCACACCACCGCCUCUCUCUCUCUCUCUCUGACAUUUAUUAGGGUUUACACAUUUUCUAAUUUCAGCUCGGUUCACUCGCCCCAGAUUUGGGGGCCAAAUCGAAAAAGCCUAGGGUUUUGCUAGCUCAAACUAGAAUUUGACCAAUUCGGAGCUUUAGGGUUUUGUUGAACGGCGACUGAGUUCAGAUGGAGAUAAUCGGCGACGCGCUUCGCCAGGCGUUCAUGCCCAAGCGCGAGUACGAGAGCCUCCGGGAAGAAGACAGAGCGUGGGGGAAGCUCCAGAGGCCUGUGUUGAUGGCGUCCGUGGCUUUCAUCUGCCUUUCAAUCCUCGCCUGCGCGAUUAUCAGCUUGAACAUUGUGUUUCCGGCCGACGCGAACCGGCGGCCGUUCUGCGGCGACCGGAGGCUUAAUUCGCUGCCGAUGAAUGUCAGAGGCGGCGAUUCCGAUUCCGAUUCGUUUAAUGGUGCGUUUUAUCUGACGGACCAGGAGACUGUGGAUUACUAUUGGAUGGUGGUGUUCAUUCCCUCCAUGAUCAUUUUCUUGGCCACGGUGGUGUAUCUUGUUGCGGGAAUCACUGUCGCUUAUUCUGCCCCAACAAGGAAUGGAUGCUUAAUGGUAGUUGAAAAUAACUACUGUGCUUCAAAAAGAGGUGGGGUACGAUGUCUAUCAAUUCUGAAUGCUGUCUUUGCUAUCAUAUUUGGUCUUCUUGCCUUGUUUCUUGGUACGAGCCUCCUCACAUUAGGGGGAAGCUACUGCUCUGUGCCUCUAUUCUGGUGCUAUGAGAUUGGCACUUGGGGGCUCGUUUUUCUGUACGGAGGGACUGCCUUCUUCCUGAGAAGGAGAUCAGCUGUAAUCCUUGAUGAAGGGGAAUUUGGUGGCCGAAACUUGGGGCUUGAAAUGUUGGAGAAUCCCGUUGAAGUGACACCAGACAUGGAAAGGCGGGUUGAAGAAGGGUUUAAAACAUGGAUGGGGUCAUCACUCCUAUCUUCCGAUGAAGAAGAUGAACCUGAGAGUUAUUAGGAACUUUCACCUGCAACCCCACCAACUCAAACAGGCGAACGGUUUGACGUUUAAACGAGGCCUUUGGAACCAAACAGCUUCCUGGCAAAAUUUUCCACACUUGCAGAAGAGGAUAGAGUAAGUAAAAAUUCGACUUUGGCUCAUCAAAUCUGCCAACUUUAGAAUGGUUCAACUGAUGAUGUAACAUGGGUGAAUGCUAGAGUGAGGAUGAUGUCCAUUUUGUAAUCUGUCCGGUUACACAUGCGCGCUUUGACAAUCUUGAAUAGCCUGUGAAUAUCAAACCAGUGUCUGAAAGUGAAAACCAAGCCGUUUGUUGCAAGUCUCUUGCUCAGGUUUUCUAGAUUUGAACACUUGUACUCAAAGUUGAUGGGGCAAGUUUUGUUUCUUGAGUUAUGGGGAUUAUACUGUGGAUUGAGAUUUAGCCUGGUAAGCAACCAGACUUAUAGAUCGUAUAAUUCAUGCGAUGAA